UGAUCCCGAGGUCCAAGCCGGUUGAUUUGUGGAUUAGUCUGGAGAAACUCCGCAACCUGCAAGCAGGUGGCGCCAUGCAGCCAGGUCAAAGGACUCGCAGCAACGAAAGGCAGGUUUGCACAUGAGCCACGAGCCCGGUUAAACAAAAUGACUGGGGUGAAGACGAACCGCGAGAGCGGAUAGAUUGAUUGAGCAUGCAUACGCUAGAGUUCUAGAAUAACCGCAGAAGAAUAUAUAGCAUAGCAGGCCAGUCCGCUGUUCAAAGGUAUCCGUGGCAGACAACUUCGAAUCGGUCAACACUCUCGAAGUCUCAAUCAACAUGCGUUUCUCCAGUAUCGUCGCCAGCCUGGCGCUUGCCGGCUCUGCCGUUGCCAGCCCUACCUACGGCCAUGGCAAGGACAAUGACAGUCUUUACAAGUCCAUGAAGAAGGCAGGACGAAGCUUCAUCGGUACAGCUCUAACUCUCCGCAACGAGACUCGUGAGGGCGAAAUUAUCAAGGCCGACUUCAACUCCUUCACUCCUGAGAACGCAAUGAAGUGGGAAUCUGUCGAACCGUCCCGCAACAACUUCACUUUCGAGGACGCCGACCGAUAUGCGGCAUACGCCAAGAAAAACAACCUCCAGAUCCAUUGCCACACCCUGGUAUGGCACUCUCAGCUGCCACCCUGGGUAUCUGAGGGCGGAUUUGACAACAAGACCCUCAUCGGCAUUAUGGAGAACCACAUCAAGACCGUUAUGACCCGCUACAAGAGCGUCUGCACACGCUGGGACGUAGUUAACGAGGCUCUGAACGAGAACGGUACAUACCGCUCUAGCGUCUGGUAUGACACCAUCGGCGAGGCCUUCCUUCCCAUUGCUUUCCGCUUCGCCAACAAGUACCGCGGCAAGGCCGAGCUUUUCUACAACGACUACAACCUUGAGUACAACGCGGAGAAGACCCAGGGUGCCCAACGUAUCGUCAAGCUCAUCAAGUCUUACGGCGUUCGCAUCGACGGUGUUGGCUACCAGGCUCAUCUUGCUAGCGAGGCCACUCCCACUGCUCCUGGAGCCGCUCCCGACCAAAAGACUCUCGAGGCUGCUCUUCGCGCGACUGCUGAUCUUGGCGUCGACGUUGUCUACACCGAGAUUGACCUCCGCAUGAACACUCCUGCUACUGCCGAGAAGCUCAAGGUCCAGGCUGAUGCUUACGAGCGCGUUGCCAAGUCUUGCUUGGCUGUUAAGCGAUGCAUUGGUAUGACUGUCUGGGGUAUCUCCGACAAGUACUCUUGGAUUCCUGGUGUCUUCCCGAGCGAGGGUGCUGCCCUUCUCUGGGAUGACAACUAUGAGAAGAAGCCUGCGUACAAGGGCUUCCUCAAGGGUAUCCAGAGCAAGAAGCAUUAGACGGGGUCAAGAACGGUGGAAUUAUUAUGUAGACAUUGAGUAAUCUGUACAUUGUAACGAGACUCGGCUUUACUAUCU